AUGAAGUUUGAACAUCUCCUUACCGAGACCGAUGGCUUCGGCAGGUUUCAGAUCACAGUCAUCUGCAUAAUCUUUGUGGCUCGUUUUACCCUGCCCUGCCAUUUCUUAGUGCACAAUUUCAUUGCGGCCGUGCCUGCGCACCGCUGUGACAUCAGCGGUCUGGACGACGGGGACGUCUUUGAGAAUCUGACCCAGGAUCAGAGGCUGAAAGUCAGCAUCCCGGCAGAGGAAGAUGGGACCCUGAGUUCUUGCAAGAUGUUUGCAGAACCUCAGCUCCAUCUCCUGCACAACUCCUCAAGCCCUGCUGAUGUGUCUGUAGUACCGUGUCAGAAUGGAUGGGCGUAUGACACCAGCACCUUCACUUCAACUUUAGCAACUGAGUGGGACCUGGUUUGUGACAAGAAAAGCAUGAGCAAAGCGACUGCCACCAUCUUCUUCACUGGAGUGAUGAUUGGAGCUAUGGUGUUUGGCAGCCUCAGCGACAGAUUUGGAAGGAAGUCAAUGCUGAUGGUGUCCUAUGUUUCCGGGAUGAUAUUUGGAGUGGCCAGCGCAUUCUCAACAUCCUUUGUGAUGUUUGCUGUAAUGAGGUUUUUCACUGGAUUUGGUAUUACAGGGAUAAGCAUUAUCUCUACUGUCCUUAGUGUGGAGUGGGUGGACAUUGAGCACAGGAAGUUGGUGGGGGUGAUUGACAGUUUGGCGUGGACUUUUGGGAAUGUCAUGCUGGCAGGCAUCGCUUAUUUUGUGACCGACUGGCGGUGGCUAAUUGUGGCGAUCACCUCUCCAUUAGUGCUCGCUAUCCUGUCUUGGAGGUGGCUCCCAGAAUCUGCAAGAUGGCUGAUAGCUAACGGAAAGGUGGACAAAGCUCACUAUUACUUACGGCAAUGUGCCAAAAUGAACAAGAAGGAGGGUUUUGCGGCAAAAAUUAAGCCAGAGACUCUGUCCACUGUAGUUUUUUUAGAUAAAGGACCAAAAACCUACACCUAUUUGGAUCUGGUGAGAACUCCAAAGAUGAGGAAACUGGCUCUGCUCACUGGCAUCAUAUGGUACGGGAUUGCGUCCACAUAUUACGGCAUCAGCUUCAACAUUACUGGGUUUGGGCUGAACAUCUAUUUAACCCAAUUCACAUAUGGACUCAUAGAACUGCCCGCCAAACUGUCAGUCUAUUACUUGCUGGAUAGAAUUGGAAGAAGGCGCACUGAAAUGGGGGCUUUACUUCUGGCUGGAGUCUGUCUAGGCAUCAACAUAUUUGUCCCAAAAGAUAUGUGGCUGUUUCGCAGUAUCAUUGCCAUUCUUGGGAAAGGUGGGUCGUCUGCCUCCUUUACCACAGUGUUCCUGUACACCUCUGAACUCUACCCUACUGUCGUCAGACAAAAUGGCCUUGGCUACAACUCCUUCAUGGCUCGCCUGGGCGUGUCCAUUGCUCCACUCAUCAUACUAUUGGAUGAUGUGUGGAAGCCCCUCCCCCAAGUCAUAAUGUGCACAGUGGCCAUUACGUCUGGACUGGUGGCAAGUUUGCUUCCAGAAACGAAGGAUAAGCGCCUGCCAGAAACUAUAGAGGAUAUUGAACAAACAAGGUACAUUACCCGAAGGCUUGUGUAA